AGAGAUCAACAAAUCUCAACCGUCCAUUUUUCUCCUUCGUCGUCUUCCACACACAAACAAUAUAUAUAGGUAUUAACCUCUAAACCUUUGAAAACUUUCGCUCACCAAGCAGAUUAAGAAGAAGAAGAAGAAGAAGAGAAGAAAAAGAUGGCUCGUACCAAGCAAACUGCUCGUAAGUCUACUGGAGGAAAGGCCCCUAGGAAGCAACUUGCUACCAAGGCUGCUCGUAAGUCUGCUCCUACUACAGGUGGAGUGAAGAAGCCUCACAGAUACCGCCCUGGUACUGUUGCUCUUCGUGAAAUCCGUAAGUACCAGAAGAGUACUGAGCUCUUGAUCAGGAAGCUUCCCUUCCAGAGGCUUGUUCGUGAAAUUGCCCAGGACUUCAAGACUGAUCUGCGUUUCCAGAGUCAUGCUGUGUUGGCUCUUCAAGAGGCUGCUGAGGCCUACUUGGUUGGUCUGUUUGAGGACACCAAUCUUUGUGCCAUUCAUGCCAAGCGUGUGACCAUUAUGCCCAAGGACAUUCAGCUUGCUAGGCGUAUUAGGGGCGAGCGUGCUUAAGUUGAUCAACCAUGGCAGUUCUAUUGUUGCUCUUUUUAGAUUUUUCUUUUUGUGAAGACUUAAAAAGUUGGUAAUGAAAUCUAAUAGUAGGGAUAAUGUCGUAUGUUGAUGCUUAUUUUUGUAAGGUGGGUUGGAGGUGUGCUGUAAUUGUUGUUCUGUUUGGGGGCGGAAAGUCUUAAUAGUAUCUGUUUGAAUCUCUCUUGAUGUUUUUGUUGUCACACUUCUGGUGUUGAACAAUAUUUCAAAACUUGCAUCUUAUGGUUUAGUUCAACUACUGUUUGGUAA